AUUUUACCCCUUUUAAUUUCUGUCUUCCGCUGUGGUCACCAACGGCCGAACGUAUCUCCAUCCCUGCAAGGCUGCAACUAUCUCCUCCCCUGCAACUACCACGCUGUCGAGCCUUAUCUCUUUUCUGCCCCUACCCAAGAUCUCAGUUUCCGUCCCAAACCAUGAGAGAAGAGAGAGCCGUAGUGGUUUUCCGGAAAAUUCCAAGCCUCAACGGAUAUUCGCUGUGCAGUCUCACCGAGACCACGGACCACGAACCGCUAUGGAAGACCGCGCAGCUCAGCUGCUCUGGCAGUGGUGCCAUUGGAAGUCCGUUUAAUUUCGCCUGCGUUUCUGUGGUGGCGGAAAAGAAAGACCAAAGGGAGUUCGAACCGACUCCGGCUCAGCUCCUAAAGCAUCCGCUGGCUAUAGCCGCUUACGUUCCCAAGGAAGCCGCGAUCUUUACUGCCGGUGCCAUCUCCGGCGCCGCCUCCAAGACCUUUACGGCUCCACUCGAACGUAUCAAGCUCCUUAUGCAGACUCAUGGGGUGCGAGUUGGGGGAAAAAGUUCUAAGAAAGCCAUUGGUUUCAUCGAGGCCAUAACAUUGAUUGGGAAGGAAGAAGGUAUCAGAGGGUACUGGAAAGGCAACCUCCCUCAGGUGAUUCGGGUCAUACCUUACAGUGCUGUCCAGCUCUUUGCUUAUGAAACUUACAAGAAACUUUUUAGGGGAAAGGAUGGUGAGCUCUCUGUUAUUGGAAGACUUGCAGCAGGUGCUUGUGCUGGCAUGACGUCAACUUUUAUAACUUACCCUUUAGAUGUCCUGAGGUUACGAUUAGCGGUUGAACCAGGGUACCGAACUAUGUCUGAGGUGGCAUUAAACAUGCUGAGAGAGGAAGGAUUUGCCUCGUUUUAUUAUGGUCUUGGACCUUCCCUGAUUGGAAUAGCUCCUUAUAUUGCAGUGAACUUUUGCGUUUUUGACUUAGUGAAGAAGGCUUUGCCAGAGAAAUAUCAAAAGAGAACUGAAACAUCUCUCCUAACUGCCGUGGUGUCAGCUUCUCUUGCCACAGUCACAUGCUAUCCCUUAGACACCGUGAGAAGACAAAUGCAAAUCAAGGGUACACCUUACAAAUCUGUGUUGGAUGCCUUUCCAGGUAUUGUGGCACGUGAUGGAAUUAUUGGCUUAUACCGGGGUUUUGUUCCGAAUGCUUUAAAAACCUUACCAAGCAGCAGCAUUAGGCUUACCACCUUUGACAUUGUUAAACGCCUAAUCGCGGCCAGUGAGAAAGAGUUUCAGAGGAUCGUGGAGGAAAAUCGCACCAAAUUUAGCCCGGAUGGCAAGUAGAAGGCCGGGUUUUAUGUUUAUAACCAUUAGUUUCCUGCACAUUGUUCUUGUGGAGAUCGUGUCCCCAUAGAAGUAGUCAUUAUUUUUUGGACUUGUAUUUGCCAAAAGUUCCUUUGUUAUUGUUAUAUGUAAGAUUUUUUGAGAGAUGAGAAUCCCAGGAUUGUAUUUUUAUGGUAGUAAGGAAUUAGGAUGCCGAUUCUUUAUGUGGAAAUCACUUUCCACCAAAAUACCAGCUCCUUAUAUGGAUUAACUAUGAUAUGUCGAGACACUUUAGAUUGCACUGAUACCUUGUCUGGAGGUUCUGUUUUGUUAUUCAAUGAAAUUAUGCUCAUUUUGAACUUUUCA